GGCCAACUUCCCUUGCUAACAACGCAAUCUCUGGUUUGCAACGACUCCGCGGCGAUCAAGAUACACUCCAGUUCCGUCAGUAUGUCCGUUCGCUCAAUCUCCACCGGCCGUCUGGGCUCUUCUGCGGCCACUGUGCUCGCCCAUUCCUCCCCCGUUGCUCGGUUCGGCUCACAAGGAGCUUCGGCGCAACUUGCUCGCCUGCACUCGACCGUCGUUCGUCCGUCGUGUGCCUUCAAGAACCAAGACCUCCGGCCUAAUGCUCAACCCUCUACCAUCUCACAGAACCGCCCAGCUGGUCUGCGUGCACAGUCGACUGCGGCGCCGAGCAAUGAUAAGGUGAAGCUGGACUGGGACUCUUUCUUCAAGCUCCGAGCUUCUCGCCGUCGCUACUCUCUGGCAUCCUCGAUUGUCAGCUCCCUCGUCUCUACCACCGCCGGUGUGCAGGUUCUCUCAGCGCAGGAUCUGGAGUCUCUGGGUGCUCAGGUGAUGGGUCUCGAUCCGUUCGUCGUUCUCGGUAUGGCGACUGCCGCCUGCGGUGCCGCUGGCUGGCUGGUUGGACCAGCCGUUGGCAAUGGUGUCUGGGGCUUAGUGUACCGCCGGUAUAAGCCUUCCGUGGCAACAAAAGAGAAGGAGUUCUUCGACCGUAUUAAGCGAUUCCGUGUGGACCCGUCAACCAACUCGAUUGCGAACCCCGUGCCCGACUAUUACGGCGAGAAGAUUGGCAGUGUGCAGGGCUAUCGUCAGUGGCUCAAGGAUCAGCGAGCCUACAAUCGCAAGCGUCGUAACUUUAUCGCCUAGUCGCGCCUUUUCCUUGAAUUCAUUGGAGGCAUCAGGUUUCCCUCCCCCUCUCUGUGUGCAUACGAUUUGACCUGCCUCCGCCUGGCAUACUCUAGCCCAAACAGGGCAUUUUUAUCUUUUCUAUGGAAUUGGUGUUUUUGAUUUUCAACCUCAUUAGCGACGCGGGCGAGCCGGGAGAUCACACUGUACUUUCAAAAUGACCUUUGGUAUCACCAUCAACGAGCUCCCAUUUCUUUUCUUG